AUGCCUUACGGCCUGUCCUCAAGCCCAAGUGCAUUCCAGAAAAUACUCUCAAGCAUCCUACAAGGAUUGAAAGGAGCUCCAAACAUGAUGGAUGACAUCGUCGUUCAUGGAAAAGACCAGAUUGAGCCUGACCAAAGGCUGGAACGUGUAUUGACUAAACUUUCCCAUUACAACGUCACUUUGAAUGCAGACAAGUGCAAAUUCUUAGCAGAUGAGGUGGACUUCCUCGGCUUCAGGGUCUCCGCACAAGGGUUUCAGCCCACCACUUCAAACGUCCAAGCUAUUCUGGAUCUGAAGGAACCUAUGAACAGAACUGAGCUCACCUCCUUUCUAGGAACAACAAAUAUCUACUUGAAGUUUGUUCCAAACUACACAGACAAAGCUGGCCUUUGCGUUCAGGCCACAAACCUCUUCGCAUCUACAGAUGGUCAGAUAGACUCCAUCAGUACAACUUUGAUGUACAGUACACAUCUGGGAAGAAUAAUACUGUCCCUGAUAUGCUCAGCAGAGGAAAUGCUCUCAGCUGCGGCUGAAUUACAUGUCAUGUCUGUGUUGUGUGCAUCACUGGGAAAGUUCGUGACCCCAGAAGAAUUGAAACACACUUCCACAGAGGAUACAGUCUUGACACAAGUUAGAGACUUUGUCACCAACGGCUGGCCAAAUGAGACACCAAAUGGUCUUGAAGUGUAUGCGAAGAUAAAAGAUGAAUUGUUCAUCUUCAAUUCUGCCUGUGUGGGAAGAGGAGAAAGGGCCAUUAUUCCUGAGAGUUUACAGCAGAGGGUACUUUACAUGGCUCAUAACGGUCAUCCUGGGAUAGUAAGGAUGAAACAGAAGUGCCGUGAAUCGGUAUGGUGGCCAGGGAUUGACCGCCAAAUUGAGAAGUUCGUGAAAGACUGUGAGGCCUGUGUUCUCAGUGAGAAACCCAUGAAACCUGUUGCUGCUCCUGCACAAUUCAUUCAAUGGCCAGAGGAGCCAUGGCAGCAACUGCAGAUUGAUAUAUUUGGAGAAGUCCAAAUUGCUCCAAGGGACAAGAGAUUCCUUGUCGUCGUGCAUGAUAUGCAUUCAAAAUGGCCCGAGAUUGCAGCUACAAGAAACAGUGACUUCGAAGACAAUCAUCGACGUUCUCACCAACCUUUUCACCAGAUGGGGCCUUUCAGACAUCAUCAUAUCUGA